GCAUGUACACGUAUGUCCGACCAUCCCCGUACAUACGGUUUGUUCCUGCUUCUUUUUAAGUGCAACUCGCGCACUUCAUGUACGUUGCCAUCCAUCAAAAGCAGAUAUUACUUGUUGUGUUGUCGUAGAACUAGUGAAAGAAUUUACCGUAACAUUUAUUUACAACAUCAAGAAGACAACCAUGUGACAGCAAAAGCUUGAUAAGACAGUCAUACUUGGAACUACACACUAGAGUGAAUUGAAAUGGCCCUGAAUCAAAGAGUGGAAUGACGUAUGUACUACACACUAUACAGUUUAUCCAGAGCUGUAGUGAAAGCUGUUUGAUUUGAAUUCAUCUUCAGCGAUCGGCCCAAGUAGGAGGGCAAACAACAGUCUCUUCAUUUAACUCUGGAGUUUGGACAACAACACAAUAUUAAUCAACAUGACUGUUAGACCAUUGUACUUGUUGUGAAAAAUCAUACUAUUGUUAUAGUCCUGCUGUUUUCUUUUAGUUGAUUUUUGGGGGCAUUUUUUUCAAAACUUUAAAGUGGCUGCCUGCACUGAAAUAAACAACAAAGGAAAUCUUGCAUGUCCCAUUGAAGAAGUAUACAACAGUAGAUAGCAUUAAUUAUAAUCCCAAUUGGGGGGACCUUAAGAAGUUGUCCCACUCAAUCCUGAACAUGAAGGGUCCUGAGAUUGAUACUCGUUCUAUCCAGUCCGCUACAUCCCAAGCAACCUCAGACUCAGUAAAGCGCAAGAAACAGAGCAGCUUUAUCCCCCGCUUCCUCCAACGUUCAUCCAAACAACGACGAGGAAGUCUACAAGAUGCGGCAAGUCACAGUAGCACGUCUCCAUCCUCUAAAUCACAUCGUCGUGUUGUCUCAAUGCGUAACAACUCACACCUACGAGGAUCUUCAAGUAAGUUUUCUGGCACCAUGGAGUGUCCUUUAUGUCUUAUGGAUCGUCAGAAGGAUCAGUUCCCAGACAUUAUGACAUGUGAACAUCGCUCUUGUAGAGAGUGCCUUCGACAGUACUUAAAGAUUGAAAUCACAGAGAGUAGAGUCAACAUUGCAUGUCCAGAAUGUGCUGAACCGUUACAUCCUAAUGACAUCAAGUUGGUCCUACAGGACGAGAUGUUAAUGAAUAAGUAUGAGGAAUUCACUUUAAGACGUCUCUUGAUGAUGGAUCCUGACUGCAGAUGGUGCCCAGCACCUGAUUGUGGGUUUGCGGUGAUUGCUGCUGGUUGUGCCAACUGUCCACAGUUAGCGUGUCAGAGACCAGGCUGCAGUACAUUCUUCUGUUACCAUUGUAAGCAGAUGUGGCAUCCUGAUCAAACAUGUGAUGCUGCAAGACAACAACGACAGGGACUCGCAAGGAAAUCAUCACGCUCUUACAGCCAGGGUUCUGCAUCAUCUGAUCAGAUCAAGCCAUGUCCACGAUGUACUGCUCUAAUAAUCAAGAUGGAUGAUGGAUCAUGUAAUCAUAUGUCAUGUGCAGUAUGUGGUGCAGAGUUCUGCUGGCUCUGCAUGAAAGAGAUAUCUGAUCUACAUUACCUCAGUCCCUCUGGAUGUACUUUCUGGGGUAAGAAGCCAUGGAGUCGCAAGAAGAAGAUCCUUUGGCAGUUAGGUACAUUAGUUGGUGCUCCAGUGGGUAUAGCACUCAUUGCUGGAAUAGCCAUACCUGCUAUCAUCAUUGGAAUACCAGUCUACGUAGGAAGAAAGGUUCAUGGCAAGUACUCUGGAACAUCAAGACAUCAUCGUAACUUGGCAAUUGCUGGUAGUGUUACCAUGUCUGUACUAGUCUCCCCUGUAAUAGCAGCAUUAACAGUUGGUAUCGGAGUGCCUAUUCUUCUUGCGUAUGUUUAUGGCGUUGUACCAGUGUCUUUAUGUCGUAGUGGAGGAUGUGGUGUAACAACUGGAGAUAAAGGAGGAGUUAGAAUUGACUUUGAAGAUGACAAUGAUGUGGGUGCAAUUACUCCUGGUAAUACAUCAGAGAUAAACCCUGAUGUGAACAGUGCAGUUGUGAAUGCAAGCAUUGGUGAAGCAUCAAUGACUAGAGAGAGUUCUAGUCAUUUAGAGGUUGCUGGAGUCAUAGGUGAUGAUACAGUCAGUGAUAAUGCAAGCACAAGAGCUAUAGCUGGAGCUAGUCUAACUGGUAGCCUGUCUGGUAGUGGUGGUGUUGGACCAUUAGUACUUCACUCUCAUAGGUUGGAUGUUCAUGCAGAGGUUGACCAUAGCAACCAAAGCGCUACUAGCCUUAGCAGUGAAUCAGCUUCCAUUAGUCUAUGCGGUAACUGCAGUGUAGCUGCUGUAGCUGGUACCCUGCAAAUAGACACAGAAAACAACAUUACUUCACUUGGGAAUGACUCUCUGGAAGUACAGCUGGACAUUGAGAGACCUGGUUACAAAUCUAGAUUAAGCAGUGGGAGUAACAGCAGUGCAGAGCACAGCAUACUGACUCACACAUCUAGUGGUCCUACAGGUGUCGUUGGCACUCAAGAGGAAAGACGCAAUGGACCAAGUGAAGAUAUCUGGGAAUUAAAGAGCAGUGUUAGUACCAGCAAUCCAACCAGCGUCAUGCGUAAAACCAAGAAUACAAAGAGUAGAAGUCGUAGUGGCAAGAAGAAUAGCGUCAAAAUCAGCGAUAGAAUCUCUGAAGCACCAUGCAGUAACAUGGAUACAGUCAGCAUCAACGAUUCAAUCAACUCAGAGUUAAGCGCAGUGAUUGCAGAUAGUGAAUGCCCAUCAGAGUGUAGCUGUGAAGGGAACUUCUCUGCCUCUACAUCUCAAAGUGUAGACUUGAAAAGUAAAAGUUGCUCAGAAGAGAUUUUUGAAUCGUCUUCAUCUCAGCUUCAUCAGCUGGGUGAACUGCAACCAGCCGUUUCUUUAACAGAGGUUGAAGUUGAUCGACCUCAGUCCCUACGUCUAGACAGUGAUAGGACUUCUCAUCUUACCACGUUGGAUAGCCCAAGAAGUAUGCCUUCUCUUAAUGUUGGUGUUAGAUCAACAGAUCUAUAAAUGUAUUUGUAGGUUGUAGAUUCAUUCUGGAUCAUGCAAGAGUAAUGCAAAUUACUAUGGCAAUAUGAGACAACUCAACUUGAGAUGAAUCUUGGUGCUUUGUACAAAAUACUGCCCAGUACCUUUAUGAAUCUUUAAAACCUUUCAUCUUAUUAGCAGAGUUUCCCCUGGCUACAAAGCCAAGCCAUGUACUUAAUUGUUUGAUGUAGACCAUUAGGUCUGUAUUAUGGGUAAAACCCAUCUUCAAUUUAAUUUUUCUAGCAGUUCUUUUGAAGUCAAUUUAGUCUUUAUGAAGACAUCCAGACAUUUUCCCUGAGCCGUCAAAGCAUGGAUUCAAAACAUGAUGUAACAUUACCCCGGCAAAACCCUGAAAAACACCUCUUCCAUGUUAAAAGUUAGCAAAGUGCCUUUAUCAUUUGAAUGAUGUAGAAGGAUCAAUCCGUAGAGAUGCUAACUUUGCUAAGCAUCUUUUGGCAUGUAUUUUGUAUCCGAGGGGUAAUGCUGCUAAUAGUCGCUAAGUACUCGGUUCCUGCUACUGUACCUUUUACUAUUAUGAGUGUCACAAAGUAGAACAAACUUGUAUAGGUUUAACAACAAUAAUCAAAUGUUAAUUUCUUUAAAUGAAUUAUAAUUUUGUAUAUUUUUUUGUUUUUAUAGUAAAAGUGACAGUAUAUUUAUCAUUGUAAAUGUUGUAUAAAUUAAUUGUUGUAGACCUAACUCAUGCAGCGGCCAUCUUGUGAAUCUCUCAUUCAUGUCAUACAGAGGCUGGAACAGAAAAGUAGUCCAAGUAAUGACACUCAGAACUAUAAUUGUCACUUGGUGUACAGGGAACAAGGCCAUGAUGGUCACACCAUGGUGUAGCCAUUUUGUAAUAUUCUCUCAUUUCAAUCAAUGGCUGUUUUGGAAACUAUGGCUUAAGCUAUGGCUUUGGCUCUGGCUUAGACACCAGACAUGGCCCAAUUUCACAGCUCUGCUUACGACUGAAUGCCAUGCUUACUAUCACCAUUUAUCGCUUAUUGUGCAAGUGCCAAAUUUCUGUGCUAUCCGUGUAAGCAAAGAAUGUCUAGUAAUGUGGAGUAUGCUCGUGCACUUGUAAGCAAAAAUUCCCUGCUAACCCGCGAAAUUCGUUUGACGUAAGCGCUGAGUUUCCUGCUUCUGUAAGAGCCGAUUCUUUGCUUACGUCAAACAGAGCCAUGAAAUUGGGCCUAGGUUUGAGUAAGGAGCCCAAGUUUAAUGAAACUGUGGUUUUGAUAAGGGCCAUUGUAACCAGAAUGAGGCUGGGAGGCAUUAUAGUCUGGUGUCCCAUUGCAGUACAAUGAUAUUUUGUAUUCAUUGUUGCUAGUGAACGCAGGGAACAUGACAAAGAAGUUAGCAGUGUGUAAAGUUACUUUUGUAAAUAUCGUCUUUAUAAAGAAAAGGUACAGCAACUCAACAACCGAGUUACAAAAUAACUCAUGUUAAAUCUGCCGGUCAGCAUGACUUACUGCUACAAAUAUCAACCAUCCUGAGAUUAACAUUCCGUCCAAAACAUUUCCAUUUUGUUUGGAAAAUGAUUGAUAUUUUUUCUCUGGAAACCUUCUGUUAGUUAGAGUUUCUACUGGAUGGAACAACGAGUGACUAGGACAGACUUUGUUUGAAGUGUUGACUCUUGUUGUACCUUCUCCUUAUUAUAAGACAUCAAGUGUACUAUUUAAAUACAAACUCAAUUGACUUCCUCAUUACCUUAUCCCACAAGAAAGUCUUGUGCCUUGACUUAUUACUGUACAAAUAAAUAAAACUUGACCCAUAGGUUGGCAACUAAUUGAAUGUUAAUUUACUGAGGCUUUUUCCAAACAGGCUCCGCUCUGGGCUUCAUUUGAUGUUGCAAACACUGUGUGCAAAAUGUACACUGUUCCAUAAUUGAUGAGGGAGCCCAAAACCAGAGCUUAAGCCCAAACUGGAGCUCGAGUCGAGGUUUGAAAAAGCCCAGCAUUUGUGAUUGUUAGUGUACGUGUUGGUGUUAUUGUCUCCGUACAUAUCUUUAUACAAUGUAUUUGUGCAUGAACAGUUUUCUAGUGUCCAUUGCUGGCUCAAUGCAAUGUGUAUUUUUAUAUCAGGAUAAUGCCAAAUAUAGUAGGUACUUUUUCAGGAUUUGCUUGAGCUGUGACCCAACCCAAAUGCAUCGAAUUCUAAUUGAAGGUGUGGCUUGCAUUGGUUUGAUCGUAAACCUUGACAAAUUGUCUUCUGAGUGGACAGGUUUGCAGGCCUUGAACGUGGCUCAUUGUCUUCUGAGUGGACAGUUUUGCAGGCCUUGAACGUGGCUCAUUGUCUUCUGAGUGGACAGGUUUGCAGGCCUUGAACGUGGCUCAUUGUCUUCUGAGUGGACAGGUUUGCAGGCCUUGAACGUGGCUCAUUGUCUUCUGAGUGGACAGGUUUGCAGGCCUUGAACGUGGCUCAUUGUCUUCUGAGUGGACAGGUUUGCAGGCCUUGAACGUGGCUCUUGGAGGGGCAUAGCAAUUUCCCUCUGGUCAGGGGCACCUGUAUGAGGUAGUUAUAACUUUGUAUUGGAACCUUGCACAGGGCAACAAAGCAAAAGGACUUUGUAUUGGAACCUUGCACAGGGCAACAAAGC